AUGUCACAAUAUGGAAGUCUAUCAUUCAAGAAGGCAGAUGAUGGGAAUAAUCAAAAUGUAAAUCACUCGUCAAUGGGUGGUAGUUCCACUUCAUGGGUUAAGGUAGACUACCGUAGUCGUUAUGUACUACUUAUAAGUCUAGAUCUUCCUGAUGACGAUGAAGAGCCAUCCAUCAAUCCUAUACUAUGGAACAAGAAAUCACCAUCAAUGGAAGAUCCAUCUUCCAAAACAGUGGAACGAUAUGGAAUAGGUGCGAAAUUGUUAUUCAAGAUGGGAUAUCAAGAAGGUAAAGGUCUUGGAGCGGAACAAACAGGUAUUGUGGCCCCAAUUGAAACAAAGUUAAGACCACAGGGAUUAGGAGUGGGAGGAAUUAAGGAAAAGAAAAGGUAUGAGUCAGAUGAAGAACAGGAAGUAGAUAGAGUAGUUGAGUUUCAUGAUGAACAUACUAAUAAAGACAAACAAUUAUUAGAAGAUGCAGAAGUUAAAUAUGAAAAAUUAAAAUCAAUUUAUGAUCAAUUGAAACUGGUAGUUGAGAAAGAAAAUUCAAUUGAUUCAGAACUUCAGGAUUUACAAAGCAAAACUACUAUCAUAAACACUGAAACUGAGCAAUUGAAAGCUAUUUUAAAGGUGGUAAAAGAUUGGAUUAAGUUUAAAACACCAAUCGAACUCGAUAUUGAUGUUGACCCAGGUCUUACAUCAAGGUUUCUUCAGGACUUAUGUCAACCUUCUUGUGUAUCCCACCCCUUAGCUCCAGAAGUCUUUUUGUCAGUUAUAAAAGAAUUUAUCGAUGAAGUCGUUCUUUUCGACACCUUAGAAAGGCGUAAUGAUGACUUUGACUUUGACUUGGAGUACGAAAUGCCCAUGAGAGUAUUGCAAGACUGGGCAAAACAGUAUCGUAAGUUCAAUCCACCAGAGCCAAUAUGUGAUUAUGAUAAAUUAUUAUAUGAACACAUGUUAUCUGAAUUUAAAAUGCACUUACGUUACCAUCCUCCCGAUGUUGGAGGGUCAAAAUAUCCUUUUGAUGAUUUUAGUUCCAUUGAUCUAGACGAUGAACGUGAUGAUUUGAAUACAAGAGGAGCAUAUCGAAAAUUUCUUUCCAAAAAUAUUUUUAUAAAUGGAGAUUAUUGGAUUAAAGUAAGAGUAGUUGAAGAUGUAAUCGUUCCACAUUUAAUCACGAUAGUUGAGCAUUGGAAACCAUUCCUGAAAGAAUUUUGGGAACUGGUUAAUCCUCAUAAUAAUCCGAGAAAGAUUGGUUGGUAUUUGGGUUGGCUCUGCCCUGAAGAAGCUGGCCCAUUUGAACGACUUUUUGAUACUAUAUACGACAAACUUAUACCAUUGUUGGACUAUAGGAAUGAUGAGUCUAUAUGGAUUCGUCUUGCAAGUGAUAUCGAACAUAAGCAACAGCUUGCAAAAGAAGUUCAAAAUACUCCACGUAGACCAUAUGCAUUUGAUUAUUCACGACCACAAGUUUCUUGGAGGAGAGAUGAUGUAGAACUUGAGAAAAGUAUGAUAGAACUUGAUGAAACUUGGAUUGAAUUAUUUGACGAAUAUUCUCCCAAAAAAGGUCGUUCUUUGGCUUUGACUACUGCAAAGUCAUUAGCAUAUCUUCUUGAAGAUUAUCUGGACCAAUGGGAGAAUCCUGACAGUGAGAAGUUAUUGAAUAUUCUUGAUGUAGUGUUUCUGAAUAUUGAUAGUAAAAUUAUGGGAUCGGAAGUUUCGUUGAAUAUGUUGCAAUAUCGAGUAUUUAAUCCUUGGAUUUUACGGAUGAUUGAAAUCCAUAAUAGUGAGCCUGAAAAAUUAGCUGGUUGGUUUGAAAGUUGGUUUGGAUGUUUUGUAUCCAAAAUGAAAAAUUUCAAUGCUUACGAAGAGAACAAUUUACAAGAGAAUGACCUGGAUGAAGAACGUUAUUCCCUGGAUGAAGCCAAUUACUCCCUGGAAGAAGAGUCGGCUAGGGAAAAAGAGACAAAAGUCGAAGAAGAUCUGGAUAACAUUUUGGAUGAUUGUAUUAAAUGGUAUAUUAAUAAAGCCUUACAUUUGAUUCAAACUAAUUUUGAAUCAGUAGAUGAGAUCGCUUUACCCCGAAUAAACGGAGAAACAGUCCCAAGCAUUGACGAACUAUUUAUUGAAAGAAAACAAUCAAAUAGUACUAAUGUAAACGGAAUACCUUCAUAUCAAUUAACGACAUCAUUCAAAGAUGUAGUUUCUGAUUAUUGUCUCGACAAUGGGAUUUUAAUGAUUUUGAAGAAAAAUAAGACUACAAAAUUGGGAUACCCUGUUUAUGAAUUAAGUAAUGUUCGAAAUUCUAAAGCCAGGUGCUAUUUUAGUGAUGAUGUUUUAUGGGUGACACGAGAUAAUGAUUUUGAAAAUUCUGACUAUAAUGCGAUUAGUUUAGAUGAGUUAUUGGAUUAUUUAUAG